UGGGAAUCGAGAACCGGUUCUUGUUUAGAACCGGUUCCCAGUGAACCAAUUCCUUGGAAUCGUUAGCGAAAUUCUUUAACGAUUCUGCUAACGGUUCCCUGUGCCGUUGCGCAUGCGCAAACUUUUUCAUCCAGACGGCAGCAAACAUGUCGACCAGGCAGAAGCGAUCUAAAGUCUGGUUGUAUUUCACACGACAAAAUGACAGCAACGCCACUUGCAACGCGUGCAAAAGGGCUAUUUCGUCGAAGGGAGGAAAUACCACCAAUAUGAUGAAGCAUUUGAACACGCAUGGAAUAAAGUUACAGGAGGUGUGUCAUGUGUUUGAUGCUUGCAGCAGCGCAGCUAACGAUAGCGCUGCAUCUCUUUCUAUCCAAGGUAAGCUCCUCAAACUUGUGUGAAGCAAUUUGCCUUUAUUGUGCAUAGUCGAUCGAGCUCCGGCAUUGGUCUCCCAUUAUCAGUGAUGGGCAGUAGCGACGUGAUAGCUCGGCGGCUACUGCAGCUACUGCGGCAACCCGGAGUAGCUCGGCGGCUACUGCGGCGUCGCUCGGCGCCACACGUCCCUGCUCCAGACCCUGUCUAUUGUGUUGGUGCCAUUUGUUUCAUUGUAUAAACCAGCUUUCACUAUGUAAAUAAUCUCCAUUUCCAUCCAUUUAAUUUAGCAGAUGAUGACUUUCAGAGUCAGGCAGGUUCAGAGGCUGGUAGUCGAUCUUGGUCAGAAGCUGCAGCUAGCAGGUCUUGUGCACCUCUGGCCAAUCCUUUCACCAUGGCAGGGAAAAAUAAAAUGACUGAAGAGAGGAUUAACGAAUGUCACCGAGCAGUGACUAAGUUUGUGGUGAAAGGUUUGCACCCUUUUACUACGGUAGUUGCCCCAGAUUUUCGGUAGGUUAAUUUGUUGUAUUUUGUCUGACAUGCCAGCUAAAAUAGAAUAUCAAAGUUGCUUGUUGUUAUUCUAACCAGCAUAGUUCUGUUCCAUUCCUUCAUCCCACUAUAUAUUUUCUAUAGGGAGAUGACAAAGAUUCUCAACCCAAGGUAUAAAGCCCCAAACAGAGACAGUUUGGCAAACCAACUGAUCCCUGCUUGGUAUGAGGUUGAAAAGAAGAAUCUUAUGUCAGAGCUGACACUUGUCAAGAAGGCAGCCAUCACUGCUGAUGGAUGGACAAGUUUCAGUCAAGACCAUUACCUAACAGUAACGCUGCACUGGGUCAGGGAUGGCCAGAAUAAGGAAAAAGUCCUGAAAACUAAGGCAGUGUACAAGGCACAGACAGGGCCAGCUGUGGCAGAGGAGAUAGAUGGGAUCCUGGAGGAGUUCAAAGUGAGGCAGAAGGUAGUGGCAGCCACCGUCGACAACGCAGCUAAUAUGAGUGUAGCCGUGAACACUCUUCACAUGACCAAGUUGCCAUGUUUCGCGCACACACUAAACCUCGGAGCUCAGAAACUGUAUAACUGUCAUACGAUUUCCAACUGGGUGGCAAGGAUUCGUUCUGUGGUUGUUUGGAUGAAGAGAUCCCACGUGGCCAAAGUUAUCCUCAAGGAAAAGCAAGAACUCCUCAAGCUGCCAAAGCACAUGCUCCUCUUGGAUGUGAAGACGAGAUGGAACUCCCUGUUUUUGAUGAUGGAAAGAUUCUGUGAGCAGUUUUCUGCCAUCCAAGCUGCAGCUAUAGAUCCACGGCUAAGAAAGCCAAUGCAAAAGGAUAAACUGGCCAUAAUGGCCAACGAGGACUUAAGGAAAGCAGAGGAGUUUGUGCUGCUGAUGCGGAAGCAUUACACAUCCACACUUGCUGUCUCCAGUGACAAAAGUCCAACCUGUGGCCAGAUACUGCCUAUCCUCCAGAAGUUGCAGAAACAUUACACAGUGCAGGCAGAUGACCCUGCUUUCGUGAGGAGCGUUAAAGAGAACAUUUGGAACGAUCUUUCAAAACGUUACCAGGAUGCUGAUGUCAAGGCAUUCCAGGAGGCGGCCACUGUGUUAGACCCCAGAUUCAAAUCCAAACUGGAUAGGGAUGAGAUCUGGGACAGGGUCAGGGAAGCAGCAGUGGCAGCAAACUCAGAGGCAGCUGCAGAUGAGCUGUCAGAGCAAGGAGAGACACAGAGGCAGGGGGAUAAAGAGGAGGAAGAAGAUGACUAUACACCAGCCGUAAAGCAGAGAAAAAAGACAGCAUUGGAGGAACGCUUUGAAGAGGAGGACCGUGAGCUGCAGGCCCUGCAACAACAACAGCUCCCUGAGUCCAUGGCCCAGAGAGUGCAUCAAGAGGUCCAGCUGUACAGAAGUCUGCCCUCCAUCCCCUCUACGAAUAACGCCACCCUUUGGUGGUGGGACCAGAGACACACUUUACCCCUGCUGUCAGGUCUAGCUGAGUCCUAUCUGUGUGUUCAGGCAUCCUCCACCCCAUCUGAGAGAGUGUUCUCCACGGCUGGAGACACAAUUAGUCCUGAGAGAUCCCGUAUCCUUCCGGAGAAAGCAGACAUGCUUAUUUUUCUGCACAAGAAUUGUUGAUUUUGUUGAUUACAAUUAAUGUUGGAGACUUGAUGGUAUUUGCCACUGCUAGUUUAAUUUUUGGCAGCUCAGUUUUCAUAUACCCUUUUUAAAAAAGGAAGGAGCAUUGUAGUUUCUAGUAACAUGUUUAAAUUAAACAGAGUAAGUUUUAUUUAAGUUAUAUAAGUUUUAUUUUAUCGUAAUUUCUACAGAAGAAUGUCAGGUUUAUCUUUAGUUCAAGAGGAAUACGUGAAUGUUUUUGGUUAUUUAAAAAAUGUAAAUGUUUAUGUAUACAUACUGUAUAUGGUGUGCAUCAUUAUAGAAAAUUAUAUAAAAGAAAAUUAAUGUA